AUGUUUCGACCUAUAACGAACCGCGUCUCUCUGCGAACUCUGUCGAUCCGACGACCGAUAGCGUUGCAGGCACAACGACAAGCUCACGCAAUUUCAAAUCCCACCUUGGUCGACAUCGAGAAGCGCUGGGAACAGAUUCCUCCCCAGGAACAAGCUGAACUAUGGAUGGCCUUGAGGGAUCGAAUGAAGUCUAAUUGGGCUGAGAUGACACUUCAGGAAAAGAAAGCCGCAUAUUACCUCGCCUUCGGCGCUCAUGGACCUCGUGCUGAAGCUCCACCAGGAGAAGGCAUGAAAGUUGCAGGAUAUGUGGCCGCGUGUGUCAGCGCAAGUUUUUUGAUCUUCUGCUUAAUCCGCUCCUUCGCUCGUCCGCCUCCUUCGACAAUGACAAAGGAGUACCAGGAAGCAACUAAUGAAUACUUGAAAUCUCAAAAUUCAGAGCCAAUUUCCGGAAUAUCCUCAGAAAACUAUAAGGGGGCCGGAUAUGUUCAGUCACCGCCAGCAUCAUCACAAUCGUAA